AUGAAAUAUUGUCAUACAAAACACUACAGAAAACAUCAUAGUUUCAACAAACUAGAUUCAAAAACUAUAAAAGCUAAAACAAUUGAAUCUUUCGAAAAGUUUAAAUUGAAAUUUGAAAAAUUUACUCAAUUAAUAAAUCAAGAUUCAAAAAUUACAACUAAAAUUAAAAUUGAAGAUAUUGGUGGUCCUAUAUUAUUACAAUCUUCUAAAUUUGAAAUGAUUGAAAAUUUACCUGAUAAUGAAACUGUUAGAUCUUAUGAACCAUCUAGUGUUUAUUCAAGUUGGGAUAAUAAACAGAAAUACAUUACCAUAUAA